UACGCAUGUCAGAGUGAGUCAGUGUGUGGAGGCAGUAGCAGUUCUGUCUCACAGAGAGUGAGCUGACAGAUAGAACAGGACAGCUAGUACUAUAUUAUCCUGUUUUACACUAGGUAUACAAGAGGACACUGAUACUAGAAGAGUAACCCUGAGACAGUCAGCUGGUACAGUAGGACUCAUUAUACUAAAGAGAGGAGAGAGCAGUAUACUGUUGAUUCUACAGAACUGACUAGACAGGGCAAAGGACACCGUUGAUUGUAGAUGGAUAUGCAGCUUGUUUCAGUGAUGUAAAUACCAGAUCACUAUCAUCCAACCCUCUCAGUAUACUGACUAAAGAGGAGAGAAGAGGAGAACAAGACAGGAGAGGAGAAAGACUAUAGACGGAAAGGGAAAGAGGACUUCCCGCGCUGCUGGUUGAAGGUGUGUGUGUGUGUGUGUGUGUGUCAUGGCAGGGGCUCAGCCAGGGACACAUGCUCUGAAACUCAAACUCCCGACCGUCCCCGAUACUCUGCAGAAUGGCAGCCGCUUCAUGAAAUGGGACGAUGAUCUCUCAACAGUGACUCCCAUCACCCUGACUGUGGAUCCACACGGAUACUUCCUUUACUGGACUGACCAGAACAAGGAGACAGAGUUGUUAGACAUCACCCAUAUAAAGGAUGCCAGAACAGGGAAGAGCACCAAAACACCAAAGGAGGCGAAGCUGCGUGAGCUGCUUGAUGUGGGGAACCUAGUUGGUCGUAUAGAGAACCGUUUGUUGACCAUAGUCACAGGACCAGACAUGGUCAACAUCACAUACCUCAACUUCAUGGCCCUGCAAGAGGAGGAGGCCACGGAGUGGGCUGAGGAGCUGUUCUCUCUGGCCUCUAACCUGCUGAGUCACAACAUGAACAGAGAAACCAGUCUGGAGAAAGCAUAUGUCAGACUGACCCUGCAGCCAAACUCAGAGGGGCGGAUCCCAGUGAAGAACAUCGUCCGCAUGUUCUCAGCAGACAAAAAGAGGGUGGAGACGGCUUUGGAACACUGCAACCUACCAUUUGGACGGAGUGACUCUAUUCCCCUUGAGGACUUCAACCCUGACGUUUACAGAUCUUUCCUCUCCCAUCUCUGUCCUCGGCCAGAACUCAGCUCAGUCUUCUCUCAGCAAGGUGCUAAGGGUGCUUACCUGUCGAUGGAUCAGAUGACAGAGUUCAUUAAUGAGAGGCAGAGAGAUCCUCGUCUGAAUGAAAUUCUGUAUCCUCCUCUCAGACCCUCUCAGACACAGACCCUGAUGGAGAAAUACGAACUCAACCACAGCCUGCUCAAACAAGGCCUGAUCACCUUGGAGGGGCUCAGCAGGUACCUGGUGUCUGAUGAGAACGGAGUGAUUCCUCCUGAGAAGCUGGACCAGUCUGAAGACAUGACCUUCCCUCUGUCUCACUACUUCAUCAACUCCUCACAUAACACCUACCUCACAGCGGGGCAGCUGGCAGGUAGUUCGUCAGUGGAGAUGUACCGUCAAGUGAUGUUGGCAGGCUGUCGCUGUGUGGAGUUAGACUGUUGGAAAGGACGGACCGCAGAGGAGGAACCAGUCAUCACACACGGCUUCACCAUGACCUCUGAGAUCUGCUUUAAGGAGGUGAUUGAGGCCAUCGCUGAGUGUGCUUUUAAAACCUCUCCUUUUCCUGUCAUCCUGUCCUUCGAAAACCAUGUGGACUCGCCAAAGCAACAAGCCAAGAUGGCAGAAUACUGUAGGUCGAUUUUUGGAGAUGCACUACUGAUAGACCCACUGGAGAAAUAUCCUCUGGAGUCUGGGGUACCCCUGCCAAGUCCUCAGGAGCUGAUGGGUAAGAUCCUCAUCAAGAACAAGAAAUCCCACAAGCCCUCGGCUGCCCAUGGCAACAAGAGACUGGCAGAGCAGCCAACCAACCAGAGCGUAGCAGCAGAACAGGCAACAGAUGAACCCUCGUCUCCUAGCAACAUCACAGCUGGAGAAAUAGAGGCUGAAGACGAUGAUGAUGACGAUGAUGAUGAUGACGAUGACUGUAAGAAGACAUCAGAUGAGGGGACAGCAGAGGAGCGGGAGGCCGUAGCCACAGAGGAGAUGUCCACUCUGGUCAACUACGUCCAGCCCACCAAGUUUAACUCCUUUGAGGCGUCCAAAAAGGUUAAUCGUAGCUAUCAAAUGUCAUCAUUUGUGGAGACUAAAGCUCUGGAGCACCUCACGAAGUCGCCCGUGGAGUUUGUGGAAUAUAACAAGCAGCAGUUGAGUCGUAUCUACCCUAAAGGCACGAGGGUGGACUCUUCCAACUACAUGCCACAACUCUUCUGGAAUGCUGGCUGCCAGCUGGUGGCGCUCAACUUCCAAACUAUAGAUCUGUCUAUGCAGUUGAACCUGGGCAUGUAUGAGUACAAUGGGAAGAGCGGCUACAGACUGAAACCAGAGUUCAUGAGACGACCAGACAAACACUUUGACCCGUUCGCUGAGAGUACCGUGGAUGGCAUAGUAGCCAACACAGUCAAGAUCAAGAUAAUAUCAGGACAGUUUCUGAGCGACAAGAAGGUAGGUGUGUACGUAGAGCUGGACAUGUUUGGUCUUCCUGUGGACACCAGGAGAAAAGCCCUGAAGACCAAGACGUCCCAAAGCAACGCUAUCAACCCUGUCUGGGACGAGGACCCAAUCAUCUUCAAGAAGGUGGUUCUCCCGACGUUGGCCUCUCUGAGAAUUGCUGCGUUUGAGGAAGGAGGAAAGUUCAUAGGUCACCGUAUUAUCCCUGUGCCAGCCAUACGGCCAGGUUAUCGCUACAUCGGCCUGAGGAAUGAGAAGAACCAGUCUCUGAUUCUGCCUGCUGUGUUUGUCUACAUUGAAGUUAAGGACUAUGUCCCAGACACCUUUGCAGAUGUGAUCGAGGCGCUGUCUAACCCCAUCCGGUAUGUGAAUCUCCUGGAGCAGCGUUCCCAGCAGCUGGCUGCUCUCACCCUGGAGGAAGGGGAGGAGGAGACCAGCAAAGAGGUUGAGGCUAAUGCUGAUCAGCCCGGGCCCGCUGAGCCAAAAGCGAACCUACGACCUGCUCCUCUGGAGAACGGUCUCAGCCCCAGCCCUACUGUCACACCCAGGACUCCUACUAACACACCCCAGCCUGCAGCCACAGAACCAGCCAAACCAGCAUUUAAGACUGAAGACAUGGUGCAGAGCGUUCUGAUAGAUAUGGAGGCAGCCACACUAGAGGAGCUCAGGCAACAGAAGCUGAUCAUACGGGAGCAGAAGAAACACUACAGGGAGAUGAAAGAUGUGGUGAAGAGACACCAGAAGAAGACUUUGGAGAUGGUGAAGGAACAUACCACCAAAUACAACCAGGCUCAGAACCAACACACACACAGACGCAACGCUCUACUGAAGACUAAACAACAUGGUAAGACAAGAAGUUUGUCGCCCGGAGGGGAGGCUGAACUGAAGCAUUUUGAUGAGGAGGGAGAGGGGCGACUGGGGGAGCUGAGAGAACAACAACAGCAACAGCUACUGGAGCUGAGGCAGGAACAAUACUACAGCGAGAAAUACCUCAAAAGAGAACAUAUCAAACAGCUGAUGGAGAAACUGACUACGGUGACUGAGGAAAGCCAGAACAAUCAGAUGAAGAAAUUAAAAGACAUCUGUGACAAAGAAAAGAAAGACCUGAAAAAGAAAAUGGAAAAGAGGAGAACAGAGAAAAUCAAAGAAGCAAUGACGAAAGAGAAGCACUUGGCUGAAGAGGAGAAGUUGGAGAUCAACAAAUCAUAUGUGAAUGAAGUGGUACAGAACAUCAAGAGGCUGGAGGAUGCCCAGACAAAACGCCAAGAGAGACUGGUGGAGCAGCACAAAGGCAUCCAGCAGCAGAUUCUGGAUGAAAAACCAAAGCUGCAGGGUGCGGUGGAGGCGGAGUACCAGGAGAAGUUCCGUCUGUUGCCAGGGGAGAUCCAGGACUUCCUGCAGAACAGAAAAGGAGGGGUCAAAGGUCACGUCAUGCCCCGCCCCUCCACCCCCCAUGACACACUCUCUGAGGAAGAACUAGAUGAGGACCGAAGGGAGUGAGAGAGAGAGAGAGAAGGCGAGAGGGAGGAGAGAGAAUGGGCAAAAGUCCAUCCUUUUCCUAAUCCUACUCCGUCACCUGGAAAACGAUGAGUGGUUGAGUGGUCGAGUGGUCGAGGAGAGCGUCAAUUCGUUAGUAGGCGAACGGAGAAGCAUGCUCACCUCCGCAAUUACCUACUUUGGCAGAGGAUGCACAAGCGUAUCCUCCUGGCGGCUAGCGCAGAAGUGUUUUAAAAUCUGCCACACCCCCUUUGAAUCAGCUGUUGUUUUCUCGAAGGAGAAAAGCAUGCACACAUUUUAUCUAUAAAAUGUCUUGCACAACUAGCUAAAUUUGUUUUUAUCACUUUACAAAUGUAUUUUGGGAUUCCAAAAUAAAGAGAAGGAGUGUUUCAUUUCAUACAAGCAGAUUUGUUUCCAUGUUUCCUCUCCUCGCCUCUGCUCCUCGUUUACCUUUGACCUUUUUCAAAAGCAGGCGAGCAGUGGAUGGAGGAGAGGACACGAGGAGUCGAGCAAAACCAAUUGAGGUUCUGCCAGAGAGAGAGAGCUUUUCUUCUUAAUGAAUGCUGGUUUAGUGAUGCACUCUACAGGUAGUCCGGGAGAAUUUGUAUUGUCAUGUUAUCUGCGGCAUAUUAACCCUAACUUUUUGAUAGUUGAGAUUUGAUAUACAGUAUACUACUACUGCUACAUUGUGCUCUCCUGCCUUAGAGGACUCAUAAGUAGGCCUAGUGGCCGAGCAGAGUGUGUUGCAUGAGGCCAAGCAAAGCACAUGUUAUUAUUCUACUGACCACAUCUUGACCUCAGACACGAUCCUGUUGUUCUGACCACAUGUGAUUCUUAUUUGGCCAUGGGGUUGUGGUAGUCAGUGGACAAGGGAGAGCCUUUUUGCUGAAUUUCUAUUUGCACUGAAAUGUAGACCAUUUGCUUCUCUUUGCAACACUCCUGGCUGUCUGUGCUUUUCUCUUGAAAGACGUUGCUGCUGAAAAGGUUUGUUUAAUUGUUUUCUACUUGAUAUUAAUGCUUUUAGAGAGUUUUAUAUGCAGAAGUUUUGCUAAUGACAUUAAUAUGUUAUUUUAAAAUAAUGAGCUGUUGAUUGUUGUGGUUCCCUACAGUUUCAGGGAUGCAUGACUUUAUGCAGUAUUUUUGUUGAACGUUUAAAAUGUACUAUUAUAUGGUUAUUAACAUGGAUGUACUGGUUCAAUCAUAAUUCAUUACUUAGUUAGUUUCAUUUUAGUUUAUGUACAAUUAUAUUUAAUACAAUUCUAUCCCAAAUCUUUUCCACCCCUAACUCAUAUCUUACUCCUGAAGUAGUGUAAAAUAACCAAAUAAAAUGUCAGAUCCAACGAAUAUUUAAGAAGCGGUUUCACAGGGGACCAACAAUGUGUUGCAACUGACUAAGUAUGUUUUUGUUUGGUUAUUUAUUUUUAUUUGUUUUACUUUCAUGACAUUAUCUUGAAUACUGUUAAGGUUAGGGGACUGUGUGUUUGGGUUAAGGUGAGGGCAUGUGUCCUGUGUAUGUGCUUUGCCCAGAAUUUGUGAAACCCCUUAUUUUAAAUAUUGCACUUUACGCAUCAUAAAAAUAUGUUUGACUGUUUUUCUGGGGUUGAAUGUCUGUUUUGAUAAAAACAAAUGUAGGCCUAGUAUACUGUAGUAAUUACAACAAAUGUUAUAUUAAGUUUGGAUCAAUAAAAUGACAUGAAUUCCUAUGAAGAAAACCUACAUUUCUCAACAUGUUAUGGAAUUCCAAACUGUGUUUAAGUCUCUUUUUGAAUAUAGGUUUCAGGUAAUUAUAUGAAUGUUUCUGAUGUAUAUAAUUGUAUUGGAUUUAUUUGUAUAUAGUUGCAUUUGUUUGAUUGUAGUACUAUAUUCAAUAAUGAUAAGAUAAGUCAAAGAUACGUUGGGUGUUACUAGUAAGUAUGUUACUAGUAAGAAUUAUUUGUUGAUAUGUUUAAUUUUAUGUUCUCAUUUGUAUGGAGCCUUAGCUCUCAGUAAUGAUUUGCCCCUUGUUUUUGUGAUUACUUUAACCACAUUUAUGACUAAAAUGUGUAUUCUGAAA